AUGCCAACUCAACUAUUUGAAUUGAUUCAAAGAAUAAACCUUGCCACAUUUUGGAUAAACCAAAUCAUUCCAUUGUUUCAAAUUGCACUUGGAGCAUUUGGGAAUCUGUUUAAUAUCAUCGUUUUCACUCGUCGCACUCUACGUACUAAUCCAUGUGCAAUCUACUUUCUGGCCAGUUCGAUCAACAAUUUUUUUCUAAUUUUUGUAUAUAUCUUAAUCCCUUAUUUGUCGGUUAGCUGGAAUGUAAAUCUGUUACAGAAAAGUAUUGCCGUCUGUAAGCUACAUGUUAUUGGCCAAUAUGUACCAUUUUCUCUCAUGUUAUGGUUUCCUACUCUUGCUAGUAUCGAUCGUUUUCUUUCAUCGUCGAAAAACCACCGAUUUCGUCGACUGAGUACAUCAUCAAUAGCACGACGAGUUAGUUUAGGUAUCUGUGUGUUAUUUGUUUUACUCCAUGUACAUACAUUCGUUUAUGUCGAAUCUCUUUGGACCGGUUAUGAAUUAGUUUGUACAAUAUUGUCCUAUGAUUACUUUAUUUUCCUUAAUUUCUUUGGGCCUAUCGUUGCUUGUGUUCUACCGCUAGUACUGAUGUUUAUUUUUGGUCUUUUGAUUGUUCACAAUGCUCACAAUCGUGUUGUUGCAAACAUUGACAAUGCACGAAAUGAUCGUUUACGUUCAAGUAACCGUCAACUGACCACUAUGCUAAUAUUUCAAGUAUUGAUUACCAUUUUAAUCUCAUUUCCCUAUGCGGGCACUUGUAUGUAUUAUGCAUUCGGCUUAAUCAUGGCACGACAUAGACCUUCCAUACUAGAAGAGGUAAUUUACAACUGUGCGAGUAAUUUGGCUUUGCUCCUUUACACUACGAAUGCUACGAUUGGCUUUUACAUUUAUACACUCACUGGUUCAAACUUCCGCUUGGAAGUGAAACGUUGUUUCCAUGCUGGACGACAUUGGUUAACUGAAAAAUUGGGUUUAGUACAAUUUCUUCGCUCGGAAACACAACCAGUUUUGGUAAAUACUACGUCACCAGGCACCAUUAAUGUCAUAACAGUGCAUACAAAAACAGAAAACAAUAUGGGUGUUUCCAUGGGGUUUCUACCACCGUUACAUGAAGUAUUUCCUUUCAACGUGAAAAUUUCAGGGUUUGUAGAGCUCAAUGAGGCAAUCAUUUUGACCGAUUUAGAUUUUGCAAAAUAUCGCGGCAUCCUUCUUUCCCAAGAGUCAACUUUUCANAGCCUAUUUAAAGAAAUUUCAGAUAAAAACUAUAUCGAAAAUAAUAGUCAAGAAGGAAAAGUUUCAAAAACUACCAUACAUUUUUUGUACGAAAAAAGCUUGAAAAGUUGA